CUCCCUUCGAUUCGCUCUGCGCGCGAAUUUUCCUGCCCCAUCAUUCACCGCCGCUUGCGAGUCCUGACUGGCUGCCACGCAUCACGUCGCCCGCGCCCAAGCUCCCAGAAGGCUGAAGCUCCCAUCCCGGUGAGCCUCCUCGCGCGUCGCGGCCCAGCCCGUCCCCCAUUGGCCGGCGCGCGCGCUGUUGUGGUCGCCGCCGUCGACGUCCUGCGAAGAAAGCGCAGCUCCUCCGCCAGCUUAGAUUGCCAACACUCACCUCACCGGCGCCCGCAGCGCUCCCAAUUCCCCGCCGCUAGCUCCGCGACCUGCAGCCCGUCCCACCGCCCGGCGCAGAGCACGUCCAGGCUCAAAGGCUCUCUUGACGUCGCACAGGGUGCGUCUGCGGUGACAACGGCCUCCACUGUGCGCCGCCGCUGCUCAGUCGCCCCAGCGCACGCAGCAAACCCAUUCACGCUCCUGCACCCGCGCUCCCCGUGGCCGCUCCCUUGCGCGCUGCCCGCCCUCGCCAACAGCUGCACCUCUUCGUACGUUAGCUUGCGUCCCAAGCCGCUGCCAGACGCAUGCCGCUAACCGCUUCCUCCGUCAGACGUCCCUGUUACACAGUGCCCACAGCCGGUUGCAUAGUCGGCCGCCAAGCCAGCAGCAUCUCCCACAGUGACGUGGACGCCAGCGAAUAACGAGCAGAGCGCCAGCGCACACAGGC